AUGACAGAGCUCGUCUUUUUGCGCCACGGGCCCCGGGCCGACCACAGCCAAAAUGACAGCCAGCCGUUGCACUCGCCGUACAAAGUGUACGACCUGCUGGUGACGCAGCAAACGCGCCAGCUAGCCGCCGACGUGGCGGGCCAGAUCGUGCGGCUCGCCAGCUUCGAGGGCAGCAGCCGCAAAAACAUCUUUGUGCACUUCUCGCCGUACUUGCGGUGCUGCGAGACGGCGGACCUCUUGGUGUCGGGCAUGCGCAGCCACAUCGGCGAGCUGCACGCGGGCGUGACGCCGCGGUUCCAGCUCUUGGGCGACUUUGCCUUGGGCGAGUGGAUCCACGACAAGAUGAAGAACAAGCCGCCGUUCUUCGACUCGACCGAGGCGUACCAGAUGUACACGCCCAACAUCCAGAUGAUGGAGAACAGGAAGCACGUGUCCAACUUCCGGCCCACCACCAAGCUCGGGCCCUGGAACGAGCCGGACCUCUCGUUCAAGGAGUUCCAGGACCGCUGCAAGGCGUACUUCCAGAAGCUCCUAGCCACGUACGACAAGCCCAGCCACGACCACGACUUGAUCGUGGUGGUGGGCCACGGCUACGGCGUGUCCAACUUCCUCUCGCACUUCAUCAGCCAGCCCGUUUUCCAGGAGAUCCCGGAGAUGUGCCUCAACUUUGCACGCAAGACGCUGGGCGUGUGGCACUUGGAGCGCGACUGCUUGGGCAUGUUGCAGCGCCAGCCGGACCUCGACUCGUGCUUGAACUUGGAGACCGACAUCGUCUACUACAAGACCAACUUCAUCAAGAAAGACGAGCUCGACGAGUCCAAGGAGUUCCCCGCCAUGGGCUUUGGCGGGCUCAAGGCGCCGGACGGCCACCCGCGCCCGUCGUUCAAGAUCAAGCUGGUGACCGGCGGCCCGGGCUCCGCGUCCACCCGCAACCCGUUGUGCCCCGCGGCGAAAAACUGGGACCCGCAGCGGCCCUCGCCGUUCCUGGUCAAGUCCGACUUCCGCUUGAAGGUCAUGAACGACGAGGCGUUCAAGAAGGCGUUCGACAUCACGCGCCCGCCGCGCCAGCCCGCGUCGCCGGAGGUCUCGCCCAACUCCGAGCCCAGCAAAAUCAACUCCACCAUCGACCUCUCCAAGUUGCGCUCCAACGAGGAGAUCUACAAGCCCUUGAAGUUGAAGUACUCGCUGGCGUCCGACAUCCCGGUGCCGUACUUGAACUCCAAGGUCAACUCGCACGUGAGCUUG